AUGGGCAACUCGUUUUCCAGGGUGCUGAGUAAGCUGUUCGGGUCUAGGGAGAUGAAGAUCCUGAUGCUCGGACUGGACAAUGCGGGCAAGACCACGAUCCUGUACAAGCUGAAGCUGAACAAGAUCAAGACGUCGGCGCCGACGGUGGGGUUCAACGUGGAGACGGUGGCGUUCCGUAACGUGAAGUUCAACAUGUGGGACGUGGGGGGCCAGGAGCGGCUGCGGCCGCUGUGGCGGCACUACUUCCCUGCGACGACGGCGCUGAUCUUCGUGAUCGACUCGCACGACCAGGCGCGGCUGAACGAGGCGAAGGAGGAGCUGUACAGCAUAAUCGGGGAGAAGGAGAUGGAGAACGUGGUGCUGCUGGUGCUUGCGAACAAGCAGGACUUGCGGGGUGCGCUGAAGCCGCAGGAGGUUUCGGACUACCUGCAGCUGGGCGACAACCUGAACAACCAGCUGUGGUGCGUGGUGGGCAGCAACGCCUUGACGGGUCAAGGGCUAGUAGAGGGGCUUUCGUGGAUCGCGAACAACACCAAAAGCAGGUGA